AUGAGGAACAUACGUCGCAUCUCUUCUUACGGAAUGGAAAAUUUUAUGAGAUGCCCCAGUAAAGAGAUGCUCAUCGCAGGCUACUCAACGCUACCGAACUCGAUACUCGAACAGUCAGACCGUUUGAAAGUGCGCAUGAGGAAUCUCGCAGAUGGCUCUGGCAAUGCGCCGAAAAAGCAGCACAAACAGUCGAAAUUCGCUGCCACGUCGUCAAUUGACGACGCCGUUUUUGAUCAGCUUCAAGGAAUAAUUCAAAAGAUAGACACAGUCAAUGAAAAUGCGGUAAACGAUUUCCAGCCAUUAAUUGCGUUUUUUGACAGCAAUUUCGGGUCCCAGACCUUGCAGGUUUGGUCCUAUUACGCGCAAGUGAGCAACCAUCAAAAAUUUACAAGUUGUACCAACAGACUGGCGCGUGCAUUGCAUGUUAUGGGCAUGGACCAGCGCUGUUUCGACUCGGGAUCUCACGUCAUCACGUCGAUCUUGAAAGACUAUGUCAAAGUGCUUUACAGAGGCCUGAACAAUCUGAGACCUCCAACGACGAAUCCAACCCUAAGACUGAUGUGCGAGAUCGUCAGCUUCAACGGUGGGCGUCACAUUGACGAGUUCAUGUCUCAUUUUGAUCUUUCGCUCCCGAGCCUUGUCAAAAUUUUGAUGCCAACCCGUGCGGAACUCAGCAAUACAGACGCCGCGAGUCGCCGACCCGAGCAAUCCAUGCGUCACAAUUUUGUUAAGUUUUGGCUUGCAAUUGUUAAAAGUGCUCCGGCGGUCUUGAGAAAAGCUCUUUUGACUGAAAACCCUAAAAUCAUGAGUGUUUGGUACAAACACAUGGGUAAGAUGGAUAGUGUCGAGUUGGUAUUGUCCAGUAUCGAGGUAUUGCACGCUUGCGUUUUGAGUGAGCCCGCAUUCAGAAAGCAAACAAAAUGCAAAAUCUUAAACGAAUCGCUUCUGGCAAGGUUGCAGCCGUUUUAUCAGGCCUCGGAUUCUAAACUGGUAUCGGCGGUUGAUAAGUUUUUCCGAGAUUUCGCAACAAAUUCACAAGUAAAUUGUGUUUUCCCAGAUGAUAAAGUAUGGUUCGCGGAGCCCGUUUUUUCAUCCAAUGCCCAAAGUUCUAACUUAGGUGCCGUAGUGGCUGUAAAUGGGAAAAAAUUCAGCAUUUACAAUAAACUGUUGUACACACUCUUGACAUUUUUCAAACCUUGGGAAGACGACGCACAACUCAAACUUGUCUUAGAGAUCUUAGAUUUUGUGCCAGAACUAGUUGCGCCUUAUUGCAACCACCUCGCGACCAUUGGCAAUCACAAUCCCAGCAUGACAUCUUAUUGGUUCGGUAUGAGUUUACUCUUGGGAAGAAUUAUCAAUUUGCCAAUACCACCCAAAGUUGAAAUUGUCCAAACCGAGCAGAUGCCUUCUAUUGACAUUCUAAUAAUGUCCAUAAUCCCAACAACUUUGACCAGGGCUUCAUUCAUCAAAAUUUUUCAAAGUGACACUUUUCUAAUACGGCAAAUAGGUUGUCAGCUCUUGGUUUUUGCAUUCAAAAAACUACAAUCCAUUCUCACCUUAUUCGACGGUAAGGGCUGGGCGGGUGGAAAAACAACGUUGCUCAAUCUUUUCAGAGCCAGAAUUCCAGACCCGCAAACCAUUUUUGUUGCACUUAAUGACUCUUAUGAAAAACAACCUUCGAAUGAAAUUUUGGCUCUUUCUCUCACAGAAGUCUUGAAACAUCAUAGUAUGGUUUUCCCAACAACCUUCGCCAUCAAUCUUUCCGAUUGUAACAUCUAUUCCAAUAUAAUGGAGCAAGAAUCAUUUGUGGGUAGCAAUCUGCUGAUCAUUGAUAACUUCUUACAAUUGCAAAGAAUGACAGGUUUCCAAUCCAAAUGGUAUAAUGGCUCAAAGAAUCGCAAUUCGACAUUUACAACACUUUUGAAAGUAGCAUCGUCACAAUCUGCAUCAAGCGUCAUGGUUCACAAAAUAACCAAUCUUCUGGAGUCACUCAUCAAAUUUACUUGCAUGUUCAGGUUCGACCGUUUCUUGGCCUCACCGGUAUCUGCGAUUAUCAACAGCUUGAUUGUUGUCGUCAGAGCAACAUAUGAGGAAAAUCUGAAUGCGGAAAUGGCCAAGAUAUGGAAACUGUUGGACGAGGUCGUGGCAAGAUGCAUCAAAUUUCCCUACAGAUAUGUCGACAUGUCCAAGGACUUCGAAUGCGUCUCUCCGUUUAUUAUGGCUCUCAAAGAGCAAUGGGGAUUUUUAGAAGUCCAGGAUCAUGACUCUAUUGCAUCAAAGUGGCUUCUCAUACUUUGCCGCACAUUUGCAUUGGCAGGAGAGUCUUUAGUUGGUAUCAAAAUGCUAACCAAUGGGUUACCAAACAUCUGUCAUGAGCUGAAGGAAAACUAUUUAUCAUUUGACAACUACGAAGCCAGACUAUCAAAGCUGAACGAAGCAAAGUAUCUUUUAUCGAGCGCCUCUGAUUGUUCUUACUUUCAAUACCUGCUUUUACUACCGGCGAAGCAGUUGUGCAACGUAAAGAGGCUUCCGGUACAUGGUUUGGAUGCUCUAGCCAUUUUUUGGCGCAUAAGAUUUCUUCUCGAAUCCUCGGAAGUAAGAUUGCAAAGUUGUUACCUAACCACCGCACUCCGCGAGUUAAUCUUUCAAGGUUUUCAAUUCGCUCUAGGGGACAAAUCCAUGGCAAGCAAGUUAACGAGAUCAUCUCUAUUGAAAUCAAUAACAGUGAAUCUCAAUAUCGACUUGAGAGACUUAAACGAAUGUGAGAAAUAUGCAUACGUGACAAAUUGCAUACUCGAGAUUUCUUCAGAGAGCACUCUUUCUGUUACAGAAUUACAAGAUCACUUAUUCGAAAUUUUCAAGUGCGGAUUCAAAUUGUGGCAAGGCAAUAAGCUUUUGUUCCCGAUUUUAAAGAGAUCUUUGUAUGUCUUUUCCGGAAACCAACUGAUCGAAAUAUUAGAGUCGCACUAUUUUACCAAAACGGAGGACGUUGUGGAAAUUCUCCACGCUUUGUGGUCACAGAGGCAAACUAUAAGCAACGCUAGCUUUCUAGAGCUUUGUCAAAUUAGUGACAAUAAAGUAGUUGAGGCCCUAGCGGACUUUGUUUCGCAAGGUCUGAUUCAAGAUAUCUCGGUAGGAGAUGUUCUCCCCAUAACGUCAAGGUCUCCAAAUAUGCUUAAAGUUUUGGAGCAGCUUAUUUUGAGUGACAACUUCGAGGAGAAGUUCGUGCCAUCUCUGUUGCAGAAUUCGCAGGAUUUUUCCACGAGACUGAUGAUCGCAGCUUGCUUGAGAAAAAAGAAUUUUGCCGCUGUCAAUGAUCUAAUACAAGAAAUUGUGACGAGCUAUUCAUUGAGUUUGUGUGAACUUCAGAGCCGCGAUUUCAAAAAUACUCUCGAACUUCUCACAGGUUCGAAAGACUUGUUGGAAGAAAAGCAAUUGGAAAGGCUAAUUAAGGAAGCAAUUGAUCAUCCAAAGUUCAAAUACACUGCUGAAGUUCUCAAAUUUGUCAAUUCCGUUGAUCUUGCCGACAAAACUUUUCUAAAUGUUUGGUUCAAAAAAUGUCUUCUGGUCGCCACCAAAACUUUGUCAGAGAAGCCUCUCCUAACUGCUGAAUUCUUAAAUUUCAUGACCGACUUAACAACCGCCAUAAAGAAGUACAAAUUUCUGAAUAUGUGCUCUGCCGCAGCUAUUAAUUCAAAUAUUGAGGUCAUUGUUGGCGGGAAAUGGGUUUUCAAAGAGGAGGUCUUGGAAUACUUGAAUACCCUGCUCAUUUCUGGCAUUAAGCAAGUCCAGAGCAGUAGACUGCUGCAAAUUCUGAUCAACAACGACAAAAUUGCUACAAAGAAUCUCCUCGAAGAGAACGUUCUGACCAGAUUUCUUAUUUGUUCUGUCAUUUCCAGCUUAUUUUUCCUUGAUGUCAAAUCAAACUGCAAUCUCUCAAUUCAAAAGAGCCUUCUUUCGUUUUACAAUGGAAGCUUAGACUUAAGCGAUCGACUAUUACUGAAGAUCUUACAGACUAUCGAGUCGAAUUCUUCGGCGUCGUGGGUUGAUAAAGUCUACGCUUGGGAACUUUUAGAGCUCGCAGACGAAGACUCACAGAUCCCAUUAAUAAGAGAUGAGAAGGAAGGUUUGAUCGUGUCCUUGAGCAGAAAACGUAUACAUGCCACCCUCUCAAAGUUUCCUCAUGAAUUUUCACACGAAUCAAAUUACAAAGUGAAAACCACUGAGGAAAAAUGGACGGACUUUCUUACAGCUGUUGAAAAAGUUAAGCUUCAAAAAGAACAUGAGGAGCGCUAUGAUCCAUUGUUCAUAAUUUUAACGAUAGUGAACAAUGAAGAUUUACUUCACGCAGUCAAUGAAAGUGAAAAUGAGACACGACAACUGAAUGUGAAAAGGUUACUUGACUGCGAUUUGUUUGAAUUUAUCAUUAUGGCACUUUCUUGUGAAGGUGAGACUUCCAGAGUUGCUCAAUUGAUGAUUAGCAAAAUGCUCCAGUCAUUGAAAGGUGAGCAUCACUUCCGAGGAAGUCACAUCUUUGACAUUUUACUCACUAAGAUUAGCUACACGCUGUACAAGGCAAAGUCAGAGAGCACCGAAGCUAUAUGUCCUUUAUUAUGGAGAUUCAUAUCGAAAUUGUGUGACAUACUCAAAAGCCCCACUUCGACGCUUUAUGAACCUGCCUUUAGAUGGGUUCUUUCUGGCCCUCGAAUAAUGCCUCGUAGUAUUCCACUUUUGGAUAAAAUGCUAAACGCUACAACAAAUGCGGACAUUGAUAAUUUUGACAGCCAUCUACUUUGGGUUGUGGAAACAGUCAAAGAGGGUCUCAAAUGCAAAAGAGACAUUGAUAUAUUGAGGUCGCAUAAUAUUCUCGAGCAACUGUUGAACUUGCUCAAUUCUCCUUACUCUAAUUCAAGAUUGCAGUCGACGAUCGUCGCCGUUAUCUAUGAAGUGCAAAGAAUAGAAUCGGGAGCAUCAACACUGAUAACAAGGUAUUCGGGGAUUUCAUUUUUGGAAGCGAGGCACUUGAACUUGUUGAAAAAUCUGGCAGAUAGCCAAGGCAAGCUUUUAGACUCCAACGGAAAUCUAGGUCUACUUAAGAGUUUUCUGACUCAAAAGGAACUGGAUUUAAACAACCAGGAACUAGCGGCAGGAUUCGCAGUGGUAACAGCUUCUCGAAAACACCUCCGCGAUUGGGUCGGUGCUGACGCUGAAGACUGUGCGAAAAGACUUUGCAUUGACCAAAUAUGA